AUGGAACAAGAAGGAUUAUGCGAUGACGCUUUAGAACUCGAAAACCUUGUAUCCCAAAUGAAAGAAUUGAUGGUUGAACAUGUAAACUAUAGUCGAAAACCGGAUGCAUUGGUUUUAGAUUACAAAUCUCCCGAAGAAUUAAAAAAAAUAAUGGAUUUGGAAUUAGGUUACGAAGGUGUUGGGGUUGUAGGUUUAAUGCCAAUAAUACAAAACAUAUUGAAAUAUAGUGUCAAUACAUGGCAUCCGGGGUUUCUGGGAAAAUUAUAUGCUAGUACAAAUCCUAUUGGUAUCAUAUCUGAAAUGUUGAUAUCAUUAUUGAAUGGGAAUGCACACGUUUAUCAUGUUUCACCCGCAAUGACAAUGAUUGAAAAUACCGUUUCACACAAUUUGGCAACAUUAUUAGGAAUGGGAGAAGAAUCUGGAGGAAUCACGUGCCCAGGUGGUUCAUUUUCUAAUCAACUUGCCAUGAUAACAGCGCGGACUUGUAUGUUUCCCGAGAUUAAAACUAAAGGUUAUCAUGCUUUUGGAAAAAAAUUGGUGGUUUUUACUUCGGUCGCUGGGCAUUAUUCUGUUGAAAAAACAGCUAUGACGUUAGGUUUGGGUAUCGAUAGUGUGAUUAAAGUACCAUGUGAUGAUCAAGGAAGGAUGAGGACUGAUGAAUUAGAGCGAUUGAUCAAAAAAUCUAUUCAACAAGGAGAAAUCCCAUUUUUUAUUAAUGCUACAGCCGGUACCACUGGGUCAUUUGAUCCAUUAAAUGAGAUAGGAAAAAUAGCUAAACGAUACAAUCUCUGGUUUCAUAUUGAUGGAUCUUGGGGUGGAAGUCUAGUGUUUUCUGACAAGCAUAGACAUAUGAUAGAUGGUGCUAGUCUAGCUGAUACAUUUGUAUUAAACCCUCAUAAAAUGUUAGGUACACCAUUACAAUGUUCAUUUUUACUUGCAAGAGAUAAAAAAAUAUUUCUACAAUCAAAUUCUUUAAAAGCUGAGUAUUUAUUUCGUCACGAAGACGAUUUAGGUGAUGGUACAGUUGGGUGUGGUCGUCGUCCAGAUGCAAUAAAAUUAUUUAUAGGUUGGAAAAUAUAUGGUAUACAAGGAUAUCAAAUGCGAAUUGAACACGCAUUUAAAAUGACUAAAUAUUUAACUUUAAUUGUUAAGAAUAAUCAACGAUUUAAAUUAGUAUUGGAUGAACCACCAAGUUUACAAGUUUGCUUUUGGUAUUUGCCUAUUGGAAUCGAUUUUAACUUAGAAAAUAAAAAAUUUAAAAAAAUGAUGUCGAUGAUCACCAAAGAAAUGUAUAGAAGAAUAAUGCAUCAUGGAAAAUUUUUGUUAGAUUAUUCACCUAUAAUUCUUGGUGAAAAAGAAUUACCAUGUUUUUUCAGGAUUGCUUUGAAUGCGCCUUCAAUUUGUGAAAAGCAUUUAGAAGGUUUAGUAAGCGAAAUUGAAAAAAUGGGAGAAGAUAUUUUAGAAUGGUUCGAAGAAUAUGGAGACGAAAAUAACGAUGAGAUGAGAAAUGGUGUGAAUGGAAAUUGA